AUCAGCUCAAUGCUGCUCCUGGUUUCUCACCUGCGGGCCUCUGUGUGGCUGAACAGGGAGGGCGCUGUCACCUCCAGGCUCCUUGGCUCAAGAAUACUAAUACAUUUUUCUGCUCCGUUGUCUCCGUGUUUUUGGCUCCUCCCAGCACUGAUUAAAUGCCCGCUCGGCGCGUCAGUCUGCUGCAGUUGAAGGCAGUCGCGACAGAGGAGCUGUAGGGUUGGACUUCUGUCAUCCUGACAGCAAGCAAACAAUUAAGUUUUUUCUUUAGGGGCACCCUCGCCAUCCAAGAAGCCUCAGCUAUGAAGACCAUUCUUGCUGCUUACUCUGGCGUCCUCAAAGGCACCGGCUCCAGCAUCCUCUCUGCCCUGCAGGACCUGCCCUCGGCGUUCUGGCCCUGCGGAUCCACGAUGGAAAAACAUCUUCAGAUGAUCUCUGUGCUGCAGUGGGUCAUCACCUUCUUAGCCUUGGGUGUUGCCUGCACUGUGCUGCUCAUCUACAUGUUUUGCACCGACUGCUGGCUUAUUGCUGCCAUUUACACUGCCUGGCUCAUCAUUGACUGGAACACCCCGAAACAAGGUGGCAGGAGGUCCUCUUGGGUGAGGAGCUGGACAAUGUGGACAUAUUUCCGAGACUACUUCCCAAUCAGGCUAAUUAAGACCCACAACCUGCUGCCCAGCCGGAACUACAUAUUUGGCUAUCACCCCCACGGCAUCUUCUGUUUCGGUGCUUUCUGCAACUUUGGGACAGAGGCCACCGGCUUUUCCAAGAAAUUCCCAGGCAUCAAGCCCUCCCUGGCAACCCUGGCAGGAAACUUCCGCUUGCCAGUCCUUCGAGACUACCUAAUGUCUGGAGGUAUCUGUCCAGUGAACAGGAACUCCAUCGACUACCUGCUGUCAUGUAACGGGACGGGAAAUGCUGUGGUCAUCGUUGUCGGAGGAGCAGCAGAGUCUCUGCAGUGUGUACCAGGCAUGAAUUCUGUCACCCUGAAGAACCGUAAAGGCUUUGUGAAGCUGGCCCUACAGAAAGGUUCUGACCUGGUUCCAGUGUAUUCCUUUGGAGAGAACGAUGCCUACCAGCAGGUGAUCUUUGAGGAGGGGACAUGCUGGAGAUCUCUCCAAAAGAGGUUACAGAAGAUCUUAGGCUUUGCCCCGUGCCUUUUCCAUGGAUGUGGCCUCUUCUUCCGCAACUCAUGGGGCAUCGUGCCUUAUUGCAAGCCUAUCACCACCAUAGUUGGGGAGCCAAUCACAGUGCCAAAAAUUGAGGACCCGACUCAGGAGAUGGUGGAACUGUACCAUGCAAUGUACAUCAAGUCCCUCCAGUGCCUUUUUGACAAGUACAAGACCCGCUUUGGCCUAAAAGAGAGUGACGUCCUGCACAUCCAGUGAAAGGACGAUGGGACCCUGUUGAAGCUCUGAACUGUGGCAGCAUCUUUAGGCCCCUCCACCCUCUUCCCCUGUCCAAUCUUGGUGCCAGUUCAGAUUAUCUCUGGACUACAAACACACACAUAUAUACAUCCCUAAACUCUUUGAAAUCCUAUUAUAUGCUGAACGCACAAACAAUGCAAAUGGAAGGUACCACUUUAUUAUUGGGAUAAUAAGCCCAAAGAUUAAUUGAGCCAAAGACCUGUGCUGUCCCCACACAUGCAUGUAUUUCUACUGUACGAAAGCUGAAGGUGAAGGAAUUCUACAGGGUGGAUUUAUAUUGUGAAUGCACAAUAUGUGUGCCUGUGAUUGUAUAAUGCCAUAAAGUAUUAAUUGUAUUCUGUAGAGGAAAAAGCAUAUUUUAGUGCUUGUCCCUCAAUGAAUAUAUCUGAUGCACUUUUUGUAUUGCUGAUUACCCUCUGAGGAUUUUUGUCUCAAGAAAAAAUGCCUUUGAAUUUUCCAAGUCAGUCAUUGUGCUGCUUGGUUUGAUUUCGCUUUCUUCAACUGGUGUCUAGGUCUGGAUGGGUAUGUUUUGUCUAUGCCACAAAAACUACAGUGAUGUAUUGUAUCUUCAAAUGUUUUGGAAAGUUUUUUGAGCUGUAGUUGAAGAAGAUGAAGGUUUGUGGGUAAAAAUCCUGAUGUUUGAUGAUUCCAGUGUACAGUGGAUCUCUUUAUGACCAUGACCAUGGCUGAUAAUUGAAAAGGAAGGGAUUAUACCGGUCUUAUUACUGGUGUUAUGUUUGAGGUUGUCACUACUUUUGUAAAAUAAGAGUAUGUAAGUAUAUAAUAUAUCCUGGGAAUAAUCUAAAUAAGUAAGCUUGCUUCAUGUUGAUGGGCAGUAAAUUAUAAGAUUGUCAUUUGAAGAGCAAUUUCCUCUGGUUUGUGACUUCUUAUAAAGAGCAGUGUAAUCCAUGUGUAGUAAAUGCGCAAGAAAUAAACAGCAAGACUCUAUAUGAUGAACGGCAUCAUCUCUUUGUCAAUAUUUAAAUUAAACUUUUGUAUGUUUUCAGAAGGA